AUGUACGAGAGCGGCGCCGACUCGAGCGGCGGGGGCGCCUUGCCGUCACUGGGCGCAGACGAUGUGGCCUACUGCAACCGUCUGCGCUACGUGCGGCACCAGCGCCAGCACUUCCGAGGCGUCUGGCAAGAGCUAGCGACACAGACUGAGGAGCCCGAGAGGCCGCAACAAGUGGACAAGAGGCCAGCGGACGACGUGAGCUUCCAGGAGUUCUUUGAGCUGUACGCGGAGAAGACGCGGCCGGUGCUGCUGCAGCUAAAAGACGACGAGAAGGACCCCGUGGCGCAGCUGUUGGGGCUCGACGAAACUCGCAGCAGCGAUGCAGAGGAGGCUGCUGCUAGUCCGAGCGCGAUGGACAAGUUUCUAAGCGGUUGCUUCGGUGACGAAACGCAACGAGGAAGUGUCCGACCGCUGCGGGUUGAAGAUGAGGCGUGCGCGGCCCUGCUGGAGACCUCUUUCCGCGUGCCGAUUUACAUGACUCACGACUACGUCCAGCGCACCAACGCAUCGCGCGAGGUGGCUUUCUUGCCUGCCAUUAUAGAGCUUUCGUCUGAUCUCGAUGCGCCCGAGAGCGCGAAGGACAUUGUAGCGUGUCCGUACGGACUUCACAUGCUGGCGGUCCCUCUCGGAGACGACUCUGUCAGUGGUGUGCGCGUGUCGUUAGUUGACCGCAAGUUUCAGCCGGUCGCUGCGCCGUCUUCAAUGCGCGACCAGCUCCAGGAAGUUGCUCUCGGUGCCGACGCGAACGUCGCGUUCAGCACAGAAACUACGGUGCUAGAUGCUGGCUUCUUCCAGCGAGCGCCGGAGCUGUACAGCGCAGUUGAGUUGGAGCCUGGACGCAAUGUGCUCUUCGUCCCAGGUAGCGUCGUCUCGACAAUGCGCGUAUUGACCCCACCGUCAUCGUCGCCACGAACGGCGAAAGUUCUUCGCUUCUGCUAUUGCGAUGCCGCCAACGUGAAGGACGUCAAGCAAGCUGCUGGUGUUGAUGCGCUGCUCAUGACAAGUGACAAUAGGGACGAGGCGGUUUAUGGUUUACUGCACGCGCUCCAGAGUCCAGCCUUCGACUCUACGUUCUCGCGCCGCCCGACAAGCAGCGACACUAGCUGGAAUACGUUCGUCAAGUGGCCUCGCGACCCUGCGUACCUUGCCAGGAAAAACCGAAGGCAUAAAAGUGGAGGUGCUAAUGGUGAUGACCAGGAAGGAGAAGAGGAGCAACUAUCACGUCGUGAGCGGCUCAAGCAGUGGCAAGAUGACAAGCGGUGGGAGCGAUACAUCGCGUCUCUCACGUUACCCGUCGCGUGGCCGCCUAUCGUCGUCAAUACAACUCGCACGACGGCUACACUGCGUUGGCAGGAGCUGUACCAGCCGCUGAAGCACGAUCUUACAAGCUACGGCUACGAGGUAAGCUGGAAGCGUGAAAAUCGGGAUGGCAGUGCGACGGAGGACCCAGCACUGGCAGGAGAACUAGAGAACUCGGUGAAUGUGACGCAUGACCAGCUCACGCGCAGCAGGAUGCCGUCGACGCUUUUCGGCGACGACUUCGACGGGCGCGACCUCGAAGCUGUGAUCACGGGUCUGCAAGCUGAGACGGCGUACUCCUUUUCAGUGCGUCUGCUCGUGGGGGAGGCCCAAGGAGCCGUGAGUGGAGCUUCACGCCGCGUGGUCACUAGCCCGUGCGCUCCUCCGUCUCCAAUCCGUGGUGUUCCUGAGACGAGAGAUGUAGAAGAAACGUGCUUGGUACUGCGAUGGCUUGACGCCGAAGACGACGGCGGCAAAAAAAUCGAGCUAUACCUCGUGUCAAUGGAGAAACUACCGGAGAUAGGAGAGCAGGACGACCUGAACAAUGGCAGAGGGGCAGACAACGGAGCAGUUGUUCGUGAGCACGAAAAAGUCAUCGCGGUGAACUCGAGCAUCAGCCAUGGACAGGUCACUGCAGAAACGUUGAGCUCCGGUGCGCUGUGGCUUUCUACCAAGGUGUGUGGUUUGUUUCCUGGUGCGGCUUACACGUUUCGAGUUGCAGCGAUGAACGUGCUGGGUGCCGGGCACUGGAGUCACCGCAGCAGCCGCGUCGUGAUCGCACCGCGGCGCCGCCUCACAUCGCUAGAAAGCGGCGCUAAAAGCCAAUACUUGGCCGUCCCGACAUUGAAAGGCGUGGGAGACCCUGGCUACUCCGUCGUAAGCGGAGUCGACAUCCUCUCUCAAAGCGACUUGAGCGCGCUGAUCGCCCAAGACCCGCACCGCAUCCUCCGCGCGACUGGAGUCCAGGUCCAAGACGCGACUCUACCCCGCGUAGUGCUCUCCGACGUGAACGAGCAAGUCCAAUUGCUGUCAAGCAACGCAAGUGAACAGGGGACUGUGGGGGUCGAGCGCUCGUUCGAAGCGUGGAGUAGCCACUACAGCCCUCGACUCUUCGACGUGUCGGCCGAAUUGGUGCUGGCAGACCCGCCGGAUGCCUCGCAGCCACUGCGCAACGCUCACGCCGUCCGCGAUCGAGUGCUUCUGGCGGUGCGAGGCGGCGUCCCCUUCGUGUUCAAGUUGCACUUCGCGCAGCGUGCCGGUGCUCUGGGGCUCAUCAUCGCCGACGCGGAUGGGGUGUGCGGCGGUGGCUUCGACCAGAGCUGCGUGCCCGGCGCCGACAAGAGGCGCGGAGAAGGUUUUGCAGCGCAGGAGCGGCACACACUUUGGCAAGAGGCGCAGAUUCCCUGCGUGCUGGUGCUGCAGGACACGGCCCAGGAGCUGCUCGAGCGGCUCGGAGCAGCUUCAUCUGCAUAG